CAGGCUCGGAUCUAUCUUGGGUUAGCGAGUUAUACAAAUCUUUGAUAGGGACAUCCCAAGGAUCCCGAAUAGCUUGGACCAUAAUGAUACAGCAGUGCACAGCUGAUAGAUGUUAGCCAGCCAGGCAGUGUAAACAUGCUAACAAGCUAGCUGUCACAAAUUUGUGCAAGUUACACCGUUUCUGUGAGGAGACUGCUACAAACAAGUAAAUGAUCCGGCCAACAAUGGAGCAGAUACACGGCUUGACGUUGUUUUUUGUAUUCUUCCCGAACCAUCGUUUUGGCUAAAUGUCAAUGUCAUCUCAUACAGCUAGCUAGCUAAAUAGCUAACUAAGGCCAGGGAGAGCUUGCUGGUGACUACGGUGACUACUUCAUGAAGCUGGUUGAGAAUGCCAAGAGUGUGCAAAGCUGCCAUCAAGGCAACGGUUGCCCAACAGUGGGAGGAGAGGUGUGUGACCGACUCCUUGACUGCUGGCUCCUCUGGCAUUUCACCACCACCAACAGAGCCAUGACUACAUCAGGCUGCUGCCACCUGCCUGGCUCCCUGUGUGACUACUCAGGCAGCGCCGACCUGCCCAAGGUGGUAGAGGAGCCAGAUGCUGGCCAGGCCCAGUACGUCGCAAAGAUUACGGCCAAAGAUGGUCGCUCACUCUCCACUGUUGUCAAAGCUGUGGGCUCACAGAGUAAUGAAGGCAUGUGUCGUAUCUGCCACGAGGGGGUCGGUGGUGAGACGCUGCUCUCCCCUUGUGACUGCACAGGGACCCUGGGUAAGGUGCACAAGAGCUGCCUGGAGAAGUGGCUGUCGUCCUCCAACACCAGUUACUGUGAGCUCUGCCACACAGAGUUCACUGUUGAACGGCGACCCCAGCCCCUCAAACAGUGGUUGCGGGACCCGGGGCCUCGCAGUGAGAAACGCACGCUGCUGUGCGACAUGGCCUGCUUCCUGCUCAUCACGCCACUGGCAGCCAUCUCCGGCUGGCUGUGUCUGAGGGGAGCCCAGGACCACCUGACCCUCAACAGCCGUUUGGGGGCCGUGGGACUCAUUGCCCUCACCAUCGCCCUCUUCACCAUCUACAUCCUCUGGACACUGUUUCAGGGAGCAGAGCUUGGACUGGGCUGCGUGGGAGCUGCCCUCCUGUAAGAGUGGGAGACCUAAGGUGGCAGGACGGCAUGCUUGGGUUGGGGUGUAGGAUUUGAGCGUAGUCUGAAGGUAGGGACGGGCAGUUCCUCUUGCUGUUCCGUAGGUAAGUACCAUGGUCACACAGAACACACACACACCUCAUGGAUUACUUUACACCACCUUUGUUAAUUGACAGCAUUUUUUUUGCAGUAUAAAUGUGUGCUUUACAAUAGCUAUUAGUACAUUUUGUAAGAUGAAUAAUACUUUUUUUUUUUUUCUUGUCUGAAAUUCUGUACCCUUCCCAUUUUAUAUUCAGGGGAGACAAGUAAUGAGCCAAUAUAAAUAUUUUUUGUCUGCAACAAUCUUUUGUCUCUUCUCUGGAAAGACUAUUGUACUCUGAAAAAAUACUUAGUUACAAUAGUUACAAAAUCAGCAACUGACACGGAACCAUUUUGUAGACCAAAUACAAAUGUCAUACAAUAUGUUUCACGUGUUUGUGAGCAGAGUUGGGGUCAAUUCCAUUUUAAUUCCAGUCAAUUCAGGAAAUACACUGAAAUUCCAAGUAUCUUCAAUGCUUUUCAAUUGGACAUGGGUUUGCUCUCUGAAUUGAAAGGGAAUUGAUACCUGGUUGUGCGUGCCUGCAAUAGCAACCAUAUAUUCAGAGAUUCUGCUCUGUGCAGGUCAUAUCAAAUGUCUAGUUUCAUUGACUUCUGUCUUCGUGCCCCUCAGGUAUCAUUCCGCUAUCACUGUCAGUUAUACUCCGAGUGGAGGAGGACCAAUCAGAAAGUGCGCCUGCUAAUGCCCGACAUAAAAGCAGCGCACUCCACUCAACAUUCCGUGCCGACGAAGUCAACCAAGAAAAUGACUGACG